AUGGCACAGUACGGGUACGUUUCUCUGUCUUCAGGAGCCGACGGCGCCCACGACGACGAAUACGACCUCUCCCGCGGUAGACUAACAGACUCAACUAAUGACAGAUACGGUGGUCGUCAAAACCCCUUUGACCAGCGCGAUGACUCCCCUUCAGGAGGCGGAGGCUACGGCGCCCCCAUGAGAGGCCCUCCCCAGCAGUCUUUCGGCUCAGGGCCGUCUCCCUACGGAGGAUCCAGAUAUAACAACGGACCACAAAUGGGUAGGGACCAAUACGGAACGAACGUCGAGAUGGAAUCCCUCGCCCAAAACGCCGGCGGCUUCGGCCAGUCCUCCGACCCUAACGCGAUCCUGAACGAGUGCCGAUCCAUCGACCAAGGCAUCGACCAGAUCGAGCAGAACCUCAACCAGCUCCGCAUGCUGCAAGAGCGAACACUCACCGACGCAGAUACCUCCGCGAACUCCGCCACCGCCCGCCAGCUCGACGCCCUCUCCUCCGAGACGAUGACCCAGUACCGCUCCCUCACAGACCGCGUCCGCCAGGUCAAGUCCACUCCCGAAGGCCAGACGCCCAAGAACUCGCCGCAGGUCGGCCGCGUCGACCGCCGCCUGAAGGGCGCCAUCCAGCAGUACCAGCAGGUCGAGUCGCAGUUCCGCAAGCGCACCCAGGACCAGAUGGCCCGUCAGUACCGCAUUGUGCGCCCCGACGCCGACGAGCGCGAGGUCCGUGAGGCUGUGGAGGAUGCCGGUGCCGGUGCCCAGAUUUUCCAGCAGGCCGUCAUGCAGUCCGGUCGCCAACAGCAGGCCAACGCCGUGCUGUCUGCCGUCCAGGACCGCCAGGCUGCCCUGCAGAAGAUUGAGCAGCAGAUGGUCGAGCUGGCCCAGCUCUUCCAGGACAUGGACGUCCUCGUCGUCCAGCAGGAGGCCGCCGUUACGCAGAUCGAGCAGAAGGGCGAGGAGGUCGUCGAGAACCUCGACAAGGGUAACCAGGAGAUUGGCGUGGCCGUCAACACCGCGCGCAAGACCCGCAAGAAGAAGUGGUGGUGCCUGGGCAUCUGCGUCCUCAUCAUCGCCAUUAUCGCCGCCGUCGUCGCCAUCUACUUCGCCGUCAUCAAGCCCGGCCAGACCGCUGCCGCCCCCGCCGCCGGCAAGCGUUCACUCGAGCUCGGCUCCCUCCCCGCCUUCUCCAACAGCGUACCCGUCGACGUCAGCUCCGUCCAUCCGCAAAAGAUCAGCCGCAUCAUGCGCCGAAUCGUCACACCAGGCGCCACGUGGAGCCCCGACGCCGUACAAGACGCCGCUGUCGUCCCCCGCGUUGGUGGAAAGUGGGACAUGCCCGCCGUCCGCAACUAG